AUGAGGGUUCUUUUUCUUUUUGCCAUUUGCAUCUGUUUGGUCCAAGAAAACGCAGGGGAUGUCCCACCAGGAAUUAGAGACACUAUCUGUCUCCUGCAAAAUGGGCAUUGCAGACUCUUUUUCUGCAAUGCUGGGGAGAAAAAGGGUGACAUGUGCUCCAGCCCCUGGAAUAAAUGCUGCAUCCCCUCUACAAGUACAGAAGAGGAGGAGAUGCAAUAG